UGCGCAACCAACUGUUUAUUCUGAAAGGAUAAAUUCCUUGGAAACGAUUUAACGUAAUCUUACAACAACAUGGCUCAUUUACUUGGAAGUAAAAGCUGUUUGGAAAGCUUGGCACGAGACAUCGAAGAUAUACAGGUCACAAUUAAGGAUGGUGUUGAGAAAGUUGGACCCUUGCAUGUAUAUUCAUGGAAGUUUCCUGACAAACUUUCGGGUGAACUGGAUGUCAAAGAGCUCCUGUCUACUUACACUCACUCAAGCGACGAUGACUUCAACAGGCUUGCACAUAUUGUCCUCUUUGAACUUGUUAUUGACAGGUUCAUGUUUUUGAUGCAAAUAGCAAGCCAGUUUUUAGAUAAAAUAUGUUCUGCUGUCGAAAAAGCACCGGAAUCUGCCAAUAGGAGCAGAAGCAGAAUGUCAGGUACCUCAAUGUCGAUGGGGCUUACUGUUAAGAAAUUCUGGAAUAAAGCCACUCACCUAAGCCACAAGAUAUUCCAAAUGCAACAACAGGCAAAGGACAAAAGGGUGGUUGCUUCGCGAGUAGAAAAUGCAGUGAAUAAGCUGCAAGAAGAUAACGAAAUUAUGAGAGAGGCAAUUUUGUCAAUGCGUACACAAAGUGCUAGUACUGUGGAUAGAUCGCAAAGCUCCAUGACGUUGAGAAGCGAUACAAGUAUAUCACAGCAAAAUGCCAAGUCCUUGUCUUUCAUCAGCAAUAAUGGAGCAACAUCAGAACAGGAGAUUACACUAGCUAUCGAAGAUUUCGCCGUUUCGAAGAUGUUGACAAACGUCGCAACUCAGACGUUCGAUACGGCGUUUGUCUCAUGCGAAGCGUGCGCACGAAUGCAACAAAAUCUUAUUGACGUGGGUACUGCCAUGAUAUCGCUUUGCGAAUCGCAAGGACUGCCGUCUUCGCUGGCGAAGCAAAAGAAAAUGUUGAAGAAAUCACUGAUGGCGGCAACUGACGUAUCUAGGUGGACCAUUGAGCAAAACCGUGACAUCGAGAGAAUAAACAAACAUUUAGAAUAUUUAUAUAGUAGAAUCGAGCCAUUGAGAACUGACCUUGAAAAGUCAAGACAAACCUGCAAGAAACUCAAAGAGCAAGUUAAAGAAUUAAGUGAUGGAAAAAUCGGUAUUGAAAAAGAUUUGGUCGAAAAGGAAGUGAAUUUCAAUAAGAAGAUAAGCGUGCUGGCAAAUCAACACGAGAAAAGCGAAAGCAAACUGAAGAAAGAACUAGAACAGCUGAAGACCGAUAAAGAACAAGUAGAUUGCCUUUACGACAAACUCGAGAGUGAAAACAAGAGCAGAAAGAAGCAGAAUAUGCAAUUAGAGAAAGAAAAUGCAAAGAUCUCAGCCGAACUCAAGCAAGAGACAUCGGAGAAAAAACGAUUGUUGGACAUCGAACAGGAAUUUCAUUUGAUAAAAGAUGAACUGACUAAAGUCCAUGAAAAACUGUGCGAGACAGAAGUUGAAAUGGGCAAGACACAAACAGAAAACAAGGCUUUGGCAAAGCAUAACAAGGCAAUUCAAGCGAAACAAGACUCUCUACUUGAACGGGCGAAUCAGCUGGACCAAGAAUGUGAAGAUUUACAAAACAAGCUCGCGGAGAUGGAAGAGGAGCGGGAGGAGCUUAUAAAGGAGUGUGAAGCGAAUAAGCAAGAGAAUGAAAUGGCUGCUAAAACGACAAGCGAACUUCAAGUUCUUGUCAAUCAAAAGGAAAAGCAAAAGGAAGAACUGGAAAUGGAAGUGAAAAAUCUUCAGGAAAAAGUAGCUGUUUUAGAAGAGGAGAUUCAGGAUGCCAGAAAACAUCUUACUUUGUUGAGUGAAUUCCCAGUUAUUGGUCAUAGCUCCGGAAGGGAUGUUUCUAGUAGCGUUGAAGAUAUCAUUGCUACAAAGACGAUGACAGAAUUGUCUUUAAAAGAUGAGAUGUCAAAGCAAAUCAAAGCAAAUACAAUAAGAAUUGCAGUGCUGGAGGAGCAGAAUAAUUCACUCAGAAAUUCUUUAGCGAAAUAUGAACAAUGUCGCGCUGAACUUCCAAAGGAAAUUCCUAAAGAUAGAGUGCCUCUUUGGGAGAAUGGAGAAAUACCUCACAUCGAGACUGACAAGGCAAAUCACGCAUCCUCGUCAAGGACCCGGCUCUCUGCGAAAACAGUGUUCGAGCCGGUUAGUUCAAGCUAUUCCACAGAGUGGGUUGCAAUAGAACCAAGCAGUCCCAAGCCUCCUUCACAGCCAAGAACUGCCACCAGCAAGCUGAACGAAAAGAGACAGACAUACACAUCGUCAUCAGCCAGUGGUGGACACAAGUCACGUGGAAAUAGCAACCACAGCCAGUCGAGAUGGUCAGACGUAGCUGUUGUUGCCAAAGGGCAAGCAACGAUAGGAAAGAGAGGUUCAGCACAGCAAAGGACUUUGGGAGAUAGCUAUGAACCCGCUGAUGUGUACUCUUGCCCGGAUUGUGACAAGAUGUACUCAAAUCAACGGGAUUUACAAAUACACAAGUCGUUUUGUUAUGCAAACUUAUAAGUUGAGCAACUGUAGUAGAAGGCCCGGUAAAAUCGUUUUCCGUUAGGAGGGGCCCAAAUGUGUAACCGCCUCGAUAUUGGUCCUCAAGUGAUCAAUUCUCUAGGGUAAUGGACCGAGUUUUCAAGAAUGAACCGGCUUUGCAAGCAUGGAGAAGAUAUAGUUCCAGUAGCUGGAGAACAGUGCUUCCAUUUUGAAGGAUUCUUCUUUUCUUCAUGAAUUUUGGCUGAUUGGAAGGAAAGGGGGACCAUUUGUAAAUUAGAAGGAAUUAAUAAGAUUUUCUAAGAAAUUGUGAUGAAUUUUCUGAUUCAAAAAUUAGAAAAUGGCGUUAUCAAUCAGUGAGGGGGUCAAUCAGGUACCGCUUUAGCCCCCCCCCCCUCCUCCACUUUUUGCAAAAAAUGCCAAAUAUUAAGUCAUAAACUAGCAGUAAAGCCUCUUUUUAUACGGUUUAGCCCCCCUUUUUUAGACCCCCCACUUUUCUCAACGCUCCGCAGUGCCUGUCAAUAACAGAGAAAGAGCUUCACGGUUUAUGCAAACUUUUGCCAGUAAACCGACUUGGCAAGUUCAGUUAUGAUGUUUUUAUAUAACUGUUUUUACACAUUUUGAUUUGGGUUUCCUAAAGAUCUCUAAAUGUGUGAAAUCAGUUAAAUGUGUUUAAAACUGGCUAAGAUAUGGCAACCUUGGCUCUGUCCCCGUCAAAUCAUUGUAAUCUUGUCUCUGUUCCAAAUUUGAUGACCCAUGCCAAAACAGCAGAAAGGUGUAGCAAACGUAAUAUUAUUUGUUGGCUAUCGCUCGCCCGAUCUGUAACAUAUCUAACUGAUAUUGCAUACUUAGAUAUAAUUCGCGGUGUUCUAUUAAGUAAUGUGGUGCAAAAUGAAAAGUUCUAAAAAUGUAUUUAUAUGGCGUCACAUUCAAAACUGCUCACCAAUUCUUAACGCCUCGGAAGAUUCGAAAAGUUUCGAAACAAACAAGGGAAAGUUUGGAAACUAGACGAAAGAAAAUAGCUUGAUGAAGCUCGUGUGUUCAAGGCAACGCCAGGAACAAUUUUUUGAGUAAGUUGAAAGCGAAAAUAACGGAUGAAGGUUAUCAAUCCAUAUAAAUCUAGCAACAGGGAAAUCGGAAGGAUUUUUCACCCAUUAUAGAAAGAAUAUUAAGCAAAUAGAAGGAUAUUUUCGAGGAUUUGAUUGAGCAAAAAUGGAAGAACUGCUGGAGAAAAAUACCGACACAUCUGCAGCAUUACAUCGUUUCAAACCAGCUAUUUCGAUCGUUUUCGGGGGUUAAACCGAGUGGUGUAGUGCUAUCAAAAUAAGGACGGUGGUUUUUGCACAAAUGUUGCGAAAGAGACGAGCAAUUUACAAAUUUUCGACAUUAACAAGGAGCUCUACACCCCUUGUGACACCCUUUACGGCCCCGUAACUUGCAUCCUAUACCGACUUUAGGAAUGUAUAAAUCUGUCACGUUCUUGUCCUCGCUUCAAACAACCAUCUGCUUUCUACCCUUAUCUUUACUGAUUGUAAUUACAACUUGCUAGUUACCAGUUUUGCUUAGCCUUGCUGUAAUUGAUAUCAGUAUAUGCUUGACCUUUGUUGAAGUGAAUGUGAAUUUGGAAAUCCUAAGUUGAAAA